CAGGAGGCCGAGAUGGCGGCGCGGGAGGCGGCGGCCCAGCGGCACGCGCCUGGCUUUGAAUGAGGCGCGGCGCGCGCGGGCGGAGCGUGCGGGAGCGGCCGCCUGGGCCCCGGGCGCCCCGCGCUCCCCGGAGAGCCCUUAUCCCUGCGGCAGCUGACAGAAGAGUUCUGAUAGAGAAGAGUGGAGUGAGCUUCUAAACAAGCUUCCUUUCAGAAAAGAAGUACCUUUUUUCUCAUUUCAGCAGGUCACCCGCUCCUCAAAUACCAGGGCAGUACUGGAGCAGCCUACCUAAUGAUCCACCUUCCUGACUCUUCCUAACUUAAAGCCCGGAAUAUAGAAAGUGAUUUAAAUACCGUAGCAUGUUUGAAAUCAAGCUGUCCUUCUAUGGAAUACACAUGGCAUAAGGAAAAUGUCACAGGGCUGCCUUCUCUUCUCACCAGGAGGAAGGGUUUCUCACCAUGGCCAUAACACAAUUUCGACUCUUUAAAAUCUGUACUUGCCUGGCAGCAGUCCUUUCUUUCAUUAAAAAGUUAAUAUGCAGGUCUGGAAGGGGGAGAAAGUUAAGUGGAGACCAAAUAACUUUGCCAACUACAGUGGAUUAUUCAUCUGUUCCUAAACAGCCUGAAGUAGAAGACUGGUCUUCAUGGGAUGAAGAUGCACCUACCAGUGUGAAGAUUGAAGGUGGCAAUGGUAAUGUAGCUGCUCAGCAAAAUCCUUUGGAACAAAUGGAACCUGAUUAUUUCAAAGAUAUGACACCAACUAUUAGAAAAACUCAAAAAAUAGUUAUUAAAAAACGAGAGCCUUUAAAUUUUGGAAUUCCAGAGGGAAACACAGGAUUCUCUAGCAGAUUAGCAGCUACACAAGAUAUUCCUUUUAUUCACCAAUCUCCUGAAUUAGGAGACUUGGAUACUUGGCAAGAAAAUACUAAUGCCUGGGAAGAAGAGGAAGAUGCCGCCUGGCAGGCAGAAGAAGUUCUUAGACAACAGAAGAUAGCAGAAAGGGAAAAACGAGCAGCAGAACAACAACGAAAGAAAAUGGAGAAGGAGGCCCAAAGGCUAAUGAAAAAAGAACAAAACAAAAUUGGUGUAAAACUGUCCUAACAGAAACCAGGCAUCAGUGGCAGUGCCAGUGAAAAAGAGAGUUUCAACGCUACAACAUACACAUUGACAUUAAUUUCAGUAUUUCUAGGACUUCAACACACUGCUUGGUUUCAAUACAUUCUUCAGGUCAUCUUGGAAGCCAGGAUUCUCCCAAAAUGUCUUGAACUAAAAGUAGGGUGGUCCUUAAAGAAGUAAAAACCCACAGAAAACCAUGCCUUGAUGGAAUGAUGUUUCCUGCAAUAGUUGUAUUCCAGCACUCUUCCUUGCAGCAAAAGUGAUUGAGUGAGGAUGUUGAUUGAAAGACACUUUUAAUGAACAGCUCAAGCCUAUAGAAAAGAAUGUAAAUAUUCAGUGGUGAGAAAUCUACUGUAUUGUCUGUGCUUACCUGAAACAUGUAAUUAAACAGUUUUAAAGAA